UGCUGGCCUGGGCCGCCGUUCCAUUUCAGGAACAAACAAAACGCACGCGCAACCGGCCCGCCACUAGCUAAACCAGUUUCGGCUUUGCUGGUGCUUGCACUUGGUUCACUCGGCCGCCGGCGCCCGCGCCACCGCCGCCGCCGCCGCCGCGUUGCCCGGCGCUACCACGAGAGGCCGCCACAGAAACAGCAGUGCUAUCUGGCAACCUUGGCAGAAACGUUGUUGCGCUCCGGGAUGUCAAAGCAAGCGGGCCACCAAUGAGCACGUAGCAAGCAUCGCUUGGAGUCCCCGUUUGAAACGAUUCAAAUCCGCUCUAAAUGAAUCAGUGCCGUCAAAACGGAGAUCGCGGUGGAUUCAUCGACUGAUAGCGCUGCGACGCCUGGCUUGUAUCGGUGAGUCAGCGCGGAACGCGCGCCUGGGGAGAAGUGGUGGAUAUCUCUCUGCGGACUGAAGAGGCCGACCGACCAUCGAGCGGCACGCAGCAGCCCAAGUCCGGCCUCCGCGACGGUCGUGUGUGUGUGGGAGUGCGUGCGCUUGUGCAUCACGGCGUUCGUUUACGGCGCCGGACCCAUCGGAGCGGCGUGCCAGCGGCGAGUGCGGCGGCGGUGUUUACUGCACCGCGGAACGACUAGGGGCGGACGGGCGCAUCGUUUGCCGAAGAGCGAGUUUUCAGCGAACAUGACCCUUAAAUUAUUGUGCAGCUUCUGGAGGAUGCCAUCACAGUGGCUAAUAUUCAGCCUCGUGAUUUCGUCUCUACCGGCGUCGUCGUACGGCCAGACCCAGCCGAGCCUGGUAAUCAACCCGAUCGGCGAGAACAAGACUGAGCCCGCUGGCACGGGCUUCGUGCUCUUCUGCACCAAGGGCGCCGGCGAGGCGGAGUUCUCGGAGUUCAAGUGGACCGGCCCCAACGGACAGGAGAUCACCGGCCAAGAGAGCAUACGAGUGGUGCCUACAGGCGAGAGCUACAUCCUCUCCUUCGACAGCCCCUCCCCGCAGGACAGUGGCUCUUAUACGUGCAGCGCCCUCUAUGGGAAAACCAUCCCUCUUUCCAUCACAGUUCACAUCACCUUCUACCAUGACAUCACCUGGGAGGACUGCCCACAGAGCCAGCAUCUGAUUCUGGGCCAGCCAGGCAAGGUUCGGUGUCGCGUGCGAGGCAACCCUGUGCCCUUGGUUAGCUGGCUAAAGGACCGUGAAGAGCUGGACCCCCAACGCUAUGAGGGCAAGGAGGACGGCAUCUCUGUGCAGACCGCACAGGACAUUGAUCGUGGAACUUAUGUGGUAUCGGCCAUGGUCUCUGUCACGGGAAAGUUCCAGAAGCGCAACAUCACUGUGGAUGUCUACACACAACCAAAAAUUUCACCGACGGUGCCCGACUCUAGUGAGCUUGUUGAGGGGUCUCCAGGCAGCCUGAAGUGUUCUGCCGAGGGCUACCCACCGCCUCUUUUCUACUGGUUUGACCAGGCCAACCGCAACCUGAGUACAGUGAAUGGAUUUCAAGUGGAUUCAAAGGCCGGCCUUCUUCAGGUGACAAGUGUGAGGAGGGAGGACGAAGGAACCUACCGCUGCCAAGCUUUGAACCCAGCUGGCACAGACUCCCGCGAGAUAGCUGUUGCCAUCAUCGUGAAGCCUAGAAUUACGGAAUUCCAGAAUGCGACAGUGUCGGUCGGAGAAGAGGUGAAACUUGAAUGCCGUGCGCAUGGAAAGCCCAUACCGGACAUGAAGAUCCGUCGGGACGGAAACACUCACUUCCUUCUGGACCAGCAUUUCAAGUUUCAGGAGACCCAAAACGACCAGCAGGAAACGGUGUUGACAAUGACCGCGAUGAGCGCGACACGAGAGAUGGACGGCCUCUACUAUUGCUCAGCAGAGAACAAGGCGGACAAGGUGGAGCGCGUCGGGCAUCUCACCGUGCAGUUUGCUCCACAGGUGUUUGCCCGCGAGAACCCCGUGAAGACAUGGGGCCAGCGUCCAGCUGUUCUCGAGUGUGUAGCGGAGGCCAUCCCCAAUGCCACCCUGGCCUGGUUCUACCGGAAGCAGCAGCUGCAGGAACGAACGGGACAAUACUUCAAGGUGGAGGGAAGCCGAGGAAGCAGCAAGCUCACUGUGGCACCCACUUUCCCCGACCGCUUCGGCACCUACGUGUGUGAGGCGCAGAACUUUCUGGGUAAGGGCUCGGUGGACAUACGGCUGGAAGAGGCACGGCUGCCCGGAGCCCUGCCCACGCCACGGGUCGAGUCACUCACGCCAACCACCAUCACGUUCGCCUUCAUCCACACUGCCGACGACGGGGGCAUGCCCACCACAAAGAUCAUCAUCAAGUACUGGAAGGACGGGGACCGCGAAGAGCUGGCAAAGAUCCAGGAGUGGAGCGACAUGGACCGAGCAGACACAGUGACUGUAGAUGGCCUGGAGCCCAAGCACAAGUACUGGUUCCGCUUUGCGGCCCACAGUGCGGUCGGCACUGGCCCUUACUCUGAGACCCUGUCCCGAGAGACGCCCCCGGAGAUGGCACCUGACCCACCCAUUGUACUGAGCAAUGAGAACAGCAUGUACCCCAACAAGUACGAGAUCCGGUGGGCCAUGCCACGUGACAAUGGGCGCCCCGUCCACCAUUUCCGUGUCACCUACUUCAAGGUGGACAAGCGGCCGGGCAACAACUUUGUGCGUGCCGAGGAGCCCAAGGUGAUCCAGGUCACCGAGUGGCACAAUGUUCCUCGGGUGGAACUGCGCAACCUCAGUCCCGAGAGCUACUACCGGGCCGAAAUCGAGGCCUACAAUGACAUUGGCUACAGUGAGCCUGAGAGCAUGGUCUUUCACACUGCCAGAGGCGAGGUGCCCACGGAGGAGCACGGCGGGCAGCAGAGCCGUCUCAGCGGCCUGGGCCUCCCGCUCACCACGAUCAUCAUCAUCGUCGUGGCUGCGGUGUUGCUCGUGCUGCUGCUGCUCGAUGUGGUCUGCUACCUCCGCUUCCACUGGGGCUUCCUCUACUGCCUGCGGCACUCGUGCGGUGGAGGGCAGGCGCCUGCCAAGCCCGUCGCGGAUGACGCCAAGAGCAGCCCUCCCACAGUGACCGAACCUGAUGGAGGGAAGACAAAGCCAAAGGCUGAGAAGUCAAUUUCCACUGACAAGGAGUUGUUGAGCACACCCGAUGAGAAGACGCGAGAUGCUGCCGAAGACACUCCCAUGAUUGACACCAAAGGGCUUAAGGAUGGCAAGCAUGACCUGAAAUUUGAGCCUGCUGACAAGAACCAUGCACUGAAGGGUUCCAAGUCCAGCAUUGCCAAAGACAGCAUGGUCUGACGCCGGGAGGCCGACUCCCCUGUCAUGGAGUGGGACGUGCGCUGUCCCCUGGCGGUGUCUGGAGUGCCCACGCAGGUCAGCGUGAUCACUACUGCAGCUAGGAGCUGAAGUGAAGAACAGACAGGACUUCUCCGAAGUUGCCUUUUUUGGCUGUUCGGUGUUUGACCACUCGCUCACCAUUUUAGUUGUGAAGGAAGUGUAAAACUCCAUUUCAUUUCUGCCAUCAGUUUUUCUUUUAUUAUUUUAUUUUACAAGUUGCACAAUGUGCUGCUUUUGUUGUGCACAGCUAAUAUGUUUGUGUAGUGAAGCAUUUUUAGUGAGCCAGUCUUGUUUCACUUCUGUGCAGACAUCAGUUCUUGUCUUACAUUGCCAUGAUUGAAUUGUUUGAACAACUCAGUAGCUUCACUGGACUAGUGUUGUUGUAAUUGCUUGUUCAUUUAUUACCAGGAUCACUAAGUUGCCUUUGUCUUCAGGGAUCGGAGGUGUGCGCCAUCUAUGUGCUUUGGAGUGCGUUUGGUUUAUUCACGGAUGUGGGGGCACACUUGACACUUUGCCAGCACUCUGAGCACAAGUGUGGAGAGACACCGCUCUUGUAUAAAUGUGGCUCUUGUAUAAACGUGGCCAAGUGCAGGUUCCACUGUUUUUUUUUUUUCUUUUUCGUUUUUGCAGCACUUCUCACUGCGAAUCCGCGCAUGUUCUCGAAGGCAGACUACACACAUUAAUGUUGGACUGUGCUACUGCUUUCUUUUUCUUCCGCAUUGUUGUUGUUCCAGGACACUGCUGUACUUUCGCAUAUUGAAGACAUUGACUUUAUUGCUGUGCUGCCAUCGUCUGUUGUGACAGCUAUCCUAGUGGUGUAUCACAGAGUAAUCACAUCGAACCAUUCCAUGUAAACUACUUAUUUGGAGCAUUCUAGUUUUAUUGUUCUAUGUUUUAUCAUGUUCAACUUGGCCUUCUGAGAAUGCUGUUGGAGAUAGCCUUCUCUCAGAUUGCCCCCCCCCUCCUUUUUUUUGUCCUUUAGCUCAGAAGAGCUGGUUUUAUUUACACAUGCAUAUAAUGAAUAUAUAUAUAUAUAUAUAUAUAUAGUAAAUAUUUUUUGAAUGUGGUUUCACUCUGGGGAGUGAAAGAAACUGAUCUCUUUUCUAGUUUCGUGAAUCUCCAGGCCAUUCUCACGCUUUCCCGGGUUCCCAGUUCCUUCGUUUUUCUCCUUUUUAUUUUUCGAAACAGGGAUGACAUUUGUCUCUUACCCAAGCUCUUUUGUAAUCAACAUGUGUGCGUGUGUGUCUACUUGUGUAAGCAUGCUCGUGCGAAUCUUUGUAAAAAGCAUUUCUCGUCAGUUCUGUUCUUUCUGACCUGCCUUGUCCUGCCACUCUGCCCUGUCCACGUUAGAUGUCAUGCUGUCAUCUCAAGGUGCAUGCCAUUGGAGCUUAAGCUAGUGGAGAGACAGAGGCCAGCAUUUCUACGUGACCUUCUGAAGCUCCCCACAACCAGUUCUGGGCUGGUCUGUAAUGGCUGGUAGCCAAGAGUGUGAGCUUUCAAAGUGCAGUUUGACGAUGCAUCGCACAGUGAUAAGGCAUUUAACCUAAAGGCUUCGCUGAAGCCCGAAGCCAAAGGUCUACGGCCAGUGCCAUUGCUGCUGUCUUCAUACAGAUUCUCGCCAGCCAUUGUGCUCGGUGUCGCAGCCUGUUGUAUAGCCAUUUGGGUGGGGACACAUAAAAGAAAACACAUUGAGGGAAGACAGUGCACUUUAUGAUGUAAUUAACGGUGCAGUAAGGACAGAGAUGAAGGCAGGUACCGCAGGUCUCGUGUGCCGCACGGCCCUGCUAUGUUGCAGUCUUGCCCAUUGUGUAGCAGCUGUGCUUAACGCUGUUACUUAAGUGCUGUGUGUGCAACAUAGGAAUGUGUUGUGUUACUGCAGCAUGUAAUGACACUGCUUUGUUAAAGACAAGGACGAUGGGUAAUAACUGCUGUGUUGUCACUUUCCUUUGUCCUUGCAGUGCUACUAGUUACAUCAUAAAGGUGUACCAAUUUGCUCCUCAGAAAUAUCUGUGUGAAAUGCCCUGUAAGGCCCUUCUGUUUCACGAUUGCUUCAUAGCCUGUUUGUCCGAAACCAUUUCUCAGCUCAGUCAUAGCUCGCCUCAUCCUGCAGCAUUACUGCUGACCACAGACGUGAUAAAAUGUGAAUGGGAGAACACUAUGCCACAUAUUGUGGUGUGUCGAAGGUGCUUUGAAAGGGGAUGGGCGCUGGGUGAGAGUUCGUCGCACAUGAAAUCGCUCAAGCCUGACCUAGCGACCAAAACUCUCUUUAGCUGGCUGUUGUUCAGUGGGUAUUUGAAUGGCAGCAUUGUUAACAGCUAUACGCACUGGCAGUAGUUUAUUUUGUGCAGGUUACGUUAACACACUUGCUAAAAAGGAUUGUUAUCACUGUUGGUUCUUUAAGGGGCUUGUGCAGUGUAACAGAUUUGCACUAGAUUGCAGCCAUCUCGUUGACUUCUGUAUUCGCUAGUCCAGUUUUAGAAAACUAAAUCGUAAAGCUCAGCUUUUUAAUAUUCUUAGUACCCUCUUCAGCUACUGUAUUUUUCUACAUCAAACAGCAUGAACACAGAGGUCAAACACAGGUAUUUGUAUAUGAAAAAUAAGAUGUGUGCUCUCAGAAGCGGACUUUUAAAUGAGCUGUUCUCUGCAUCGACCAAAUGUUAUCGUACUCAUACUAUUUAUCUGUCCAUCUAUAUUUUACAAAUGCUGCCUACAUAUGUGCCUAGAGGGUAGAGACGUCACUGAAUGUACUGGCACAGCUGACCUGGGCCUGAUGUACACAGGACAAUGCGCAUGUUGAAAGCAACGAAGCAAUGAAACUGGGUUUUAUUUGCAAAUAACUACACUAGUUUAGAAUAUGGCCAUAAUGAAAAGUAAAAACUGUCCCUGGGGUUUCUCCUGAGCACAUGCCCAGUUCGUACGUAGCACAAGAUUUCACUUUUUGCUCUCUUCAACCUUUGUUUAUCUGCUCUGCAGUGGAGAUGAGCUGUCAAAGUACAUCUUUAGUCAUUGUUGGCUACCGCAAGGAGUAUUUAUGGCAGGCAUCAUUGGCCACUGCCGUGAACAUGUGUGCCUGUCUGUGCUCGUCUUCCGUGCCGUGGAGCAAGGCAGGUUCACUCGCGCUUCUAAGUGCGUGCAGAAGUCAACGAGAAUGGCGGUUCAACUCUUACCGUCCUGGCACUCUUUUCUUGGGAGUUUUAAAAAGAAGGGUGGGUGGGACUUUGCUCCCUUGUUCACGCACUUGUUUGUGGCUGCCUGACUGAGGUGGCCUCUGCGGGAGUCAAAAGUUUGUUAAUUGUGACCGUUUCCUUUGAAGUCACUGCAAGACCACUAUUGUGGAUGGCUACCAGGUGUGCUAGCAGCAAGUGAUCAGAUCCUCUGUUUGAGACAGUGUGAAAAGUGUUCAAGCUUUACAAGUUUAUUAAUGAUUCGAUCUGAAUUUGCUUAAGGGCGUGGAAGAAUUUUAACAUGUACAGUGAAGUGCAUUUUAACUUUGGUGCUUUUAGUAGCGCCGUUUUCAUAAUCAAACUUUUCUUUGAAGAACAGUCUUUGCUUUUUGUGAAGUGGUACAGCUAGCUCCACGAUAGUUUCUGGUUACUUUUUCUUUUAUGAAUGCAAGCUACAAGCUCUGUAGGCCGUGUUGCUGUAUCUUCUUGGCACCGUGCACCGAAUGGCCGUAGUAACAAGUUGUGAAUGGUUGUGUGAUGCACCGUGGAGGUGUGUGUAUGCGAGUGUACAGCCCAUAAGAUCAAAAUUCUGGUUGGUUAUGAAUAGCACUCGUUUUAUGAGCGUAUAUAUAUAUAUAAAUGUCUAUACAUACAUAUAUAUAUAUAUAUACAUAUAUGCGUUUGCACUGUAGUGCUUGGAUGGCGUUUCAUCUUGUUUCAUUAAGGGUUGUAAAGUUUCUAAGGUCUGCAGCUGGAACUCGGUCUGUGACGUGUGUGCAUUAAUAAAGUUGAUUCAUAAAAAAAU